AUGAGAAUUGUGGGUUUAACUGGAGGAAUUGCCUGUGGAAAAUCCACCGUGAGUAGACUACUCCAACAAAAUCAUAAACUACCCAUCAUUGACUGCGACGUAGUAGCUCGAGAAGUAAUCCUUCCCAAUCGACGAGCCUAUAAGAGAAUAAUAGAUAACUUCCGCUAUACUGUCCCUAAUCUAAUAAACCCAGAUCAAAGUAUAAAUCGACCAGCAUUGGGCCAAGCAGUAUUUGGGAACCAGCAAAAUCUUGCCAUACUUAACUCGAUCGUCCAACCUGCUAUCAGAUUCGAAAUUGCAAAACAAUUAGUUAAGGCAUAUCUCCAACUGCAACAUAUGGUUAUCCUAGAUGCUCCAUUGUUGUAUGAAACCAAAUUGCAUUUAUUAUGUCGGUUGGUGAUUACAGUGUCUUGUGAUGAAGAAAUCCAAGUGGAAAGAUUAUUAUCGAGGAAUCCAGAAUUGACUAAAGAGGAUGCUAGGAAGCGUAUAUCGAGUCAAUUGUCAACCAAGGAAAGGAAUCACAGGGCAGAUAUAGUGUUGCAUAAUAAUAAGAGUCCGGAGGUUUUACAAAAGUAUGUUGAGGAACUUGUGGAAGAGAUUCGACCCAAUCCGAUUGUGACUUUAUUGAAUGGGUUUCCACCAUUUGGGUUGAUAUCUGCGUUAUUGACAUUUUCUAAUACAGGGAUUAGAGAUUUAUUAAAAGCUACAAGUUUUAAAUAG